CCCCAGGCCUGCCACCCUGAUCCCCUAGUGGCUGGGGGCCAGAGCCUGUGUUGGACUGGUGCUUAUGUAUCGUGACGCUGUGUUUUACUCAGAGACCCGUGAUCGGCGAGUUAGUGGCCUGAAGCCGUCUGACAGUUCGGCAGUUACGAGCCGUGAAGUUUUAUUUGAACUAUGGAGGGCCGUCAGGGUGAUGAGAGGACUCCUCUGCUGCCGGACAGCCGCUUCACAUCGGCAGCUUCUGCCUUCCAGGGCCGGCGGCUGGCCUGCGCUGCCGUGUUGGUCACCGAGUCCCUGGAAAGGGUGGCGUUUUACGGCAUCACCUGCGGCCUAGUGCUUUUCCUCAACAGCGAGCCUUACGACUGGCUGGGGCCGCAGUCAGGUCAGACUCUGCUGCUUUUCAUGGGCAUCAGUUACUUCAUCUCUCCCUUUGGAGGUUGGCUGGCCGACGCCUGUUUGGGCAGGUUCCCCACUAUCCUCCUGAGUAUGGUCCUGUAUCUGGCUGGAAUGGUGCUUUUCCCCUUCAUUGCGUGGGAUCGGACUCGCCGUAGCCUUUGUGGAGAGUUGGAGUUCUAUCCUAUUGUGGACCCCCAGUGUUUCCACAACAGUUCCAGUGCUUGCUCAAUUGGCCGGAAUAGUUAUUGCACACCGGCCAUCUAUUCGGGAUUGGUGCUUGUCGCACUUGGUGUAGGAUCUGUGAAAGCAAAUAUAACUCCUUUUGGUGCUGAUCAGGUGAAAGAUAGAGGUCCUGAAGCUACACGUCGUUUUUUCAACUGGUUCUAUUGGUCGAUUAAUUUGGGUGCUAUUGUCUCGUUGGGUGGCAUAUCGUAUAUUCAACAAAAUUGUAGUUUUCUUCUUGGAUACAGUAUCCCAACUGUUUGUAUGGGAAUCUCUUUCCUGGUCUUUGCAUGCGGCAAAUCAGUCUUUAUCUCGAAGCCACCUGAUGGCAGUUCCUUCUCAGAUUUGUUCAAGAUCCUUUUUUAUUCCUGCUUUUCAAGGAAAUCCAAUAGUGAAGAAAAUACCAGUCAGAGCAGUGGAAUCUGCCCACCACCUAUUCAGCCAGGCUUUUUGGACCUUGCCAAGACUGUCCAUGGUGGACGAUUUCAAGAUAACAAAGUGGAAGAUGUGAAGUCCUUUGUCAAAAUUAUCCCAGUAUUCCUGGCACUUAUUCCUUACUGGACAGUUUACUUCCAGAUGCAAACAACAUACGUUCUGCAGAGUCUGCAUCUACGGAUCCCAACAUUUUUUGACAGCCGUAAUAGCAGCAAUACUAGCAAUUCAUUUGCAAGUUGUAAUCAUCACAUGCUUCCAGCAGCAUGGUUCACCAUGUUUGAUGCAGUACUUAUUCUGAUCCUUAUCCCAGUGAAAGACAAAGUUGUAGAUCCUAUCCUAAAGAAGAAAGGCCUGCUGCCUUCAUCUUUGAAGAGAAUUGCUGUUGGCAUGUUCUUUGUCAUGUGCUCUGCAGUGGCUGCUGGAAUUCUGGAAGAUCAACGCUUGAAUAGCCUACAAAAUGGUACUAUUGAGCAACAGAUUGGGAAUGUGUGGUACAAUGCUGCACCAUUAUCAAUAUGGUGGCAAAUUCCACAGUAUAUAAUGAUCGGGGUCAGUGAAAUAUUUGCAAGCAUAGCAGGUCUGGAGUUUGCUUACUCAGCUGCCCCCAAGUCUAUGCAAAGUGCUAUCAUGGGCCUGUUCUUUUUCUUUACUGGAGUUGGUUCCUUUGUUGGGUCAGGACUUCUAGCCCUCGUUUCUGUUGAUUCAAUUGGUUGGAUGAACUGCAAGAGUGAUUUUGGUAACAUCAACAAAUGUCAUAUGGACUACUAUUUUUUCCUUCUCGCAGCCAUACAGUGUGUAACGCUAAUUAUUUUUAUUGUGGUAUCUGUGACAUUUGAUCGCCACAAAACCAAAUCUGGUAAGCUAUUCAUCAAUGGAAGAAGGUAAAAGGAAGACAUGAAGCAUAACUGGAUAAGGAAAUAAAGAGCCAGUACUUGAGACAUGCAAUUAUUAUGAAAAUACUUGUAAAUCCUUUGUUCAAGCAUGUAACGAUUUGGCAAGUAGUAUUCCUUGGCUCAUCACCUGCAGCCUGAAUCUUUUAGGUUACCUGAACGAUGGUUGAGGCCCAACAUAUGGGACACUACAAGUAAUUGCAGUGUUUACUGACAGAUAAUAAGAUUGUUCAAGUAUUGUCUUCAAUUUGUCAAGGCAACAUUUCUUUUAUAUCUACUUUCGUUGUUCAUUGCCACUGAAAGAAAUACACAUGACUUUUUAAGGGAUUUUAAACUUCUAAUAUUAUGUGAAAUGUCCAUUUUUUUUUUGAAAUUUGUUCAGUCCACAUUAAUUUUUAGUGUAAGUGAAUAUUAAGAAUAUUUUAAUGAACUAGGUAGUCUUUUUAAUGUUAUUUCUGUUAGCUCCGUGUUAAUUGGGUUAUAUGGUUUAUUAAUUUUAUCUUUUGUAAAUAUAAAGGUCAAUGCCCUUUUUAAGCCCAUCUGUAAAACAACAAAAUAUAAAUUGCAUCCUUGGCAAUUCUGUAAAUCAUGUCUAAAAGCAGAAGACUGAGAGGAAUCGAUCUCGCCAAUAGCCAGUUGACUGAUAAAUAAGUGGAUUGGAUGUUACAAAAAUUUAAAGCUAUACAAUAAAUGGUAUCUGAACUUGCAAAAUGCACGCAUUAGAGAUUUGCACAUGUGGCCAGUUUACAAUUUAAUUGCUGCUUUUAUGACUAAUUUGAAUUUUUGACACUUUUACCCCCUUUCUCACGAGAGCAAUUGAGCCACCUGGCUAUUUGGCAACAAUAUUUGUUUUUCUUUUUUAACUUGCUUGGAAAGACAUUUUGUGAGUGGGAGCUGACUCUUUCAAAGGAUUGUUUUGAAUACGCUGUAAAAUUAUAUAUCACCAAAUAAAUGUGACUUGUUUUAAA